UUGAAGGAAGUGUGCAUGUUUCAUAGGUGAAAGAUAACUUCGAUUAUUUAUUUUCAGUUAAUUUCCUUUUCAUUAUUCGGUUUAUGACAGUCUAAGCCGGUCAGCUGCAUAUCGGUUAUGGCCACCACCGUGCCGGCGUUCUCAUAUGCGCCUUCCUUCGCUAUCAAACCUCCACACACCGACGCCAAUGCCUCCUCCUUUAUUCCACCCUCUUCUCUUUCUCAUCCUUCCUCCUUCUCUCCCCUCAGACGACGUCGUUUCACACGCGCCCCCGUUGUUGCCGCCCUUGCCCCUUCCAAGGGGACGCUAGGUAGUAUUAGAAAGAGUCUCAACGAUUUCAUGAGCUUGAACUACUGGGUUGUUCGUGAUUACUACCGCCUUGUUAGCUCUGUUAACUCCUUCGAGGCCCACAUUCAGAAACUCUCCGACGAACAGUUAACGGCCAAGACGGAGGAGUUUCGCAGGAGGCUCGGACGUGGCGAGACCCUUGGAGAUAUUCAAGCUGAGGCGUUUGCUGUUGUUCGUGAAGCUGCAUGGAGGAAGCUUGGGAUGCGCCAUUUUGAUGUUCAGAUUAUUGGUGGGGCAGUACUGCAUGAUGGGUCAAUUGCCGAGAUGAAAACAGGGGAGGGGAAAACAUUGGUUUCCACGUUAGCAGCGUAUCUUAAUGCCCUCACUGGUGAGGGUGUUCAUGUGGUAACCGUCAAUGAUUAUUUAGCUCAGCGUGAUUCUGAAUGGAUGGGGAGUGUUCAUCGCUUCUUAGGUCUUUCUGUAGGCCUUAUUCAGAAGGGGAUGAAUGCUGCAGAGCGGAGAUCCAACUAUAGAUGUGAUAUAACAUAUACCAAUAACUCUGAACUUGGCUUUGAUUAUUUACGAGAUAAUCUUGCUGGAAAUAGGGAAGACCUUGUGAUGAGAUGGCCAAAACCAUUUCAUUUUGCAAUUGUUGAUGAAGUGGAUUCUGUCCUGAUAGAUGAAGGAAGAAAUCCUUUGUUAAUAAGCGGUGAGGCUAGUAAGGAUGCUGCACGAUAUCCUGUUGCUGCAAAAGUAGCUGAACUGCUUGUGCAGGGCACUCAUUAUAACGUGGAGCUUAAAAAUGAGUCAGUGGAGUUGACUGAGGAAGGAAUUGCUCUUGCUGAAAUGGCUCUUGAAACCAAUGACCUUUGGGAUGAAAAUGAUCCCUGGGCUAGGUUUGUGAUGAACGCUUUAAAAGCUAAAGAGUUCUAUCGACGAGAUGUAGAGUACAUAGUCCGAGAUGGGAAGGCUUUAAUUAUCAAUGAGCUGACAGGAAGAGUUGAAGAGAAACGGAGAUGGUCUGAGGGGAUUCACCAGGCUGUGGAGGCAAAGGAAGGUUUGAAGAUUCAGGCAGAUUCCGUUGUUGUGGCACAAAUCACUUACCAGUCAUUAUUCAAGCUCUAUCCAAAAUUGUCAGGAAUGACUGGGACUGCAAAAACAGAAGAGAGAGAAUUCUUAAAAAUGUUCCAGAUGCCAGUCAUUGAAGUGCCCACAAAUCUUCCUAAUAUUCGUAAAGAUCUUCCUAUUCAAGCUUUCGCCACUGCUCGUGGGAAAUGGGAGCAAGUUCGCCGAGAAGUUGAAUAUAUGUUUAGACAAGGCCGUCCUAUUUUAGUUGGGACAACUAGUGUAGAAAAUUCUGAACUUUUGGCUGGUCUGCUUUGGGAGUGGAAUAUUCCCCACAAUGUCCUGAAUGCUCGACCUAAGUAUGCUGCAAGAGAAGCUGAAAUUGUUGCACAGGCAGGACGCAAACAUGCCAUUACCAUCUCUACAAAUAUGGCAGGCAGGGGCACGGAUAUAAUCCUUGGAGGAAAUCCAAAAAUGCUUGCCAGAGAAAUUAUAGAGGAUAGCGUAAUUCAUUUAUUGACACAACAGGUUCCAAAUGUUGAACUUGCUAGUGAGACUGUUUCGCGACAGGUGCUUCCAAAGAUAAAGGUUGGUAACUCAAGAUUUUAUAUUCUUUGCAACAUGAAUUAUUCAGCCAAAUAUGUCUCGAAAAGUGAGGGUAGAAACUGGACAUAUCAGAAGGCUAAAUCCUUGAUCACAGAGGCUAUUCAAUUUAGUCUGUCAUAUAGUUUUGAGGAGCUGGAGGAGCUUGCUAAUGAAGAUUCUGAAUUUUACCCUCUUGGUCCAACAGUAGCACUUGCCUAUGUGUCAGUUCUGAAGGAUUGUGAAGAGCACUGUUUGCAUGAAGGCUCUGAAGUUAAAAGGCUUGGUGGCCUUCAUGUAAUUGGUACAUCUUUACAUGAGUCCCGGAGAAUAGAUAACCAGCUCCGUGGCAGAGCAGGAAGGCAGGGAGAUCCAGGUUCAACGCGAUUUAUGGUUAGCUUGCAGGACGAGAUGUUUCAAAAGUUCAAUUUUGAUACGGAAUGGGCUGUCAGACUUAUAUCAAAGAUUACAAAUGAUGAGGAUAUGCCAAUUGAGGGUGAUGCCAUUGUGAAGCAGCUCUUGGGGUUGCAAAUCAAUGCAGAGAAGUUCUUCUUCAGCAUAAGAAAGAGCCUAGUUGAAUUUGAUGAAGUAUUGGAGGUGCAGCGAAAGCAUGUUUAUGAUCUAAGGCAGUUGAUCUUGACUGGAGAUGAUGAAAGCUGUUCCCAACACAUAUUCCAGUACAUGCAAGCAGUUGUGGAUGAGAUUGUCUUCAGUAACAUCAAUCCAAUGAAGCAUCCAUGUACCUGGAGUUUGAGUAAGCUCUUGAAAGAGUAUAUGACAAUUGGUGGAAAGCUGCUUCAUGAAUCUUUUGGAGGGAUCACCGAUGACUCUUUGUUAACCUCACUUGAGCAACUGAAUGAUGCGGGUUCCAUUGAUAUUGUCAACUUUUCCCUUCCAAAUCUGCCCACACCUCCAAAUGCGUUCAGGGGAAUCCGCAGGAAAAGCUCUUCAUUAAGACGUUGGCUUGUUAUUUGCUCUGAUGAUCUAAUCGAGAACGGGAAGUAUCGGACAACAUCUAAUCUCCUCCGCAAAUAUCUUGGAGAUUUUCUAAUUGCUUCAUAUCUAAAUGUUGUUGAAGAGUCUGGUUAUGAAGAUAAAUAUGUCAAGGAAAUUGAGAGAGCUGUUCUUUUGAAAACUCUUGAUUGCUUCUGGAGAGAUCACCUUGUAAACAUGAAUCGGCUCAGUUCUGCAGUGAAUAUAAGGAGCUUUGGGCACAGAAACCCUCUUGAAGAGUACAAAAUUGACGGUUGCCGUUUUUUCAUCUCAAUGCUUAGUGCAACAAGGAGGUUAACUGUAGAAGCGCUGUUACAGCAUUGGUCAUCUCCAAUGGAAUCACUUGAACUAUCUUGAUUAUAAAUGUACAUAAAAAGGUAGAUAAUUCAAGUGAAAGAAUCUUAACUUAGACUGGUUUCCCUCUUUGGUUUGGCCCCUAAUCACUAAAAGCUGCACAAAUUAUGCAGGUCCAAUUUUUACACAAUGUUAAUUUGAUGUUUCAAUCAGACUAAUAUUCUGAACAGUGUAGAUAUUGUAUUAAAGAACUCUGGCCACUCCUUCUCCGGUAGCGUUAUCCGUAUUUCUGGUUUGUCAAAGGGACUGGGAUGUGACAUGGAGAUGCACUAUACAGGUUUGUCAUCAUGAGCAGCACACCCUAUCAUGGAGAUAAUGCAGUGCGGAAUCUGAUACAAGCUCCUAUUAUUUAGAGCCUGGGGAAUGAUUGACUUGAAUUUUUCCUUUUCAAAAUGCAGGGUAAUCACAGAGCGGAUCAUAUUUCUUACAGUUCUUGUGCUUUAAUAACAUGAUUUUUGUUGAUUUUUGAAGUUGAAGUUUUUAUAUGGUGCUUCCAAGAAGAUAUAUAUGGCAAGCGCUUUGUCAUAAAUUCCAAGCAAAUUGAGAUAGUGCAUCAACCCAUUGUAAAUUGUAGCCUUUGGCAUUGUUAAAAAAUAUGUAAAAUAUGAAGCAGGAGUAAAUAAUUAUAUUAUAUUCAAUCUUUCAGUUUCUUGA